GCAUCAAACACUUGUAAAAAAAGGUAGAGUUACGUUACGUUACGUUACGUACCCAAACAGAAUCUUUACAUCGGAAUAAACCUUUUUUUCGUUUUAAUUUUACUCCGAUGGUGUAUAUAACUACCAACGACUAUCUUCAUCUCCCUUCAGUUUAGAUUACAUUUGAUUAGGGCAACAUUACAACAAUGGCUUCAAUCCCGAUUCUUCUAUUGAUUCUGUUAGUCGGAUCUUUAUACUCCGUCGAGGUCAACGGCGGUGGUGGCGGAGGAACAGUUGAAUUAGUGUCGACAGUAGCCGAACAAAGGGUGUUUGAUUACUUUGCUUUGGCUCUUCAAUGGCCUCCAACAUACUGCUCAAAGUCCACCAAAUGCUGUUCUCAAAGCGCUUGCUGCCGAGGAGCAAAUUCUCCAUCGGUAUUCACAAUCCAUGGACUAUGGCCAGACUACAAUGAUGGAUCAUGGCCAUCAUGUUGCUCAGGUUCUGCUUUUGAUGAAGUAGAGAUUUCGACACUGUUUGGGGCUUUGGAACAGUAUUGGCCAACACUAAGUUGCAGUAAAUCAUCAACAUGUCAUGGCAAAAAAGGACUGUUUUGGGCUCAUGAGGUGGAGAAACAUGGUACCUGUGCGUCUUCAGUAACAGGAGAGGAAUACAACUAUUUCCUGACAACCAUCAAUUUGUAUUUUACAUAUAACGUCACGGAAGUUCUUUUUGAAGCUGGCUAUGUACCUUCAAACUCGGAGAAGUAUCCUGCAGGUGGCAUCAGUUCUGCAAUUGAAAAUGCUUUCCAUACAACCCCACAGUUGAUCUGCUUAAACGGUGCUUUGGAGGAAGUCCGUUUGUGUUUUAACAAAGAUUUCACGGUCCGAGAAUGUGUAGCAAAAAGUGAUUGUCCUGAUUAUGUCAGCUUGCCGGAAUUCGCAUCCCUGGAACUCAAUGGUGGCACCACGACUGCUGAUCGAUCGUUUUCUUACCACGAAUCCAGUUGAUGAGUGCAUUACAAAACCUCUCCUUUGUACCUUUCGGUGUUCUAUUUUAUGGUCGUAGAAUACCUUAUUUAUCGCUAAAUAAGUCAAGUUAAAGGCGACGUGACUCGUUGAUGGUAAAGUUUCACUCUUACCUGCAACACACUGUAGUUUCUACCUUUUAUUAGGUAUUAUUUAUCAUACCUUCUUUAAUGUACCAAAUAGAAAAUUUUAUCGAAAUUAUAGCAAUUCUGUUUAUGCAAU